UAUAAAUCUUGGCGAAUGUCCGACAGUAACAAUCAACGCAAGCCGUAUGCGGGCAAGGGCAGGAGGCUCGUGGUCGCUAUAGACGUUGGAACUACUUUCACCGCGGCCUCGUUUUGCAUUCUCCAGGAAGGCCGGAUCCCGAAAUUCGAAGAGGUCCUCCGCUGGCCGAAGCAGGUCACUGCGGAUGCCAAAGUGCCAUCUGUGCUCUACUAUGAUAAGAGAGGCAAUCCUUGUGCAUUCGCUGCGGAGACCGAUGACGAGGACGUGAUCAUGGCAGCCGAAGCCAACGAGUGGUACAAAGCCGAAUGGUGGAAGCUACACCUGCGCCCGGGGCACCUCCCCAUCAUCAGGGACCUCAAGCUCCCCGCGCUCCCGCUGCACCGCACCGCCGAGGACGUCUUCGCGGACUACCUCGAGUAUGUAAAGACGCAGGUAAAGGAGUACAUCACGACCACGUACGGCGAGGGUGCGAACAUGUGGACAACGCUGAGCGCGACGAUGUACGUGAUCCUCACGACGCCGAAUGGGUGGGAGGGCGCGCAGCAGAACAAGAUGCGCGCGGCGGCGAUCAAGGCAGGGCUCGUUGGCGCGGACGGGGCGCGGCGGAUUCGGUUUGUGACGGAGGCAGAGGCCGCGGUGUUGUAUGCGGUGGAUAGCGGCUGUGUCAGCGACUGGUUGGUGAAAGAUGGCCAUCUCAUUCUUUGUGAUUGCGGAGGUGGCACGGUGGAUAUCACGGGCUACCGCAUCAAGGAACUUUCUCCCCUCAGGCUGGAAGAGUCGUCCGCCUCAAGAUGUUACCUAGCUGGCGCAGUAUUCAUCACGCAGGCCGCAAAAGAGUACUUGAAAGUCCGACUGGCGGGCACAGAGUGGGACAACGAGGAGGCCAUACAGCGAGCAACCGAUGACUUCGACAAGAACGCUAAGCGCAAGUUUGACAACCCUGAAGCAACGUACUGGAUCAACCUGAAUGGGUUCAAGAGCGUUGCCGACCUCGGGAUCGUGCGAGGGCGUCUGAAAAUCUCGGGGCAGGACAUGGCGGCGUUCUUCGAGCCCUCCCUCAAGUCUAUCAAAGAAGGGCUGGAGAUAGCUUUCGAAAACGGCGACCGUCUGGCGGAUAAAAUUAUACUCGUGGGGGGCCUGGCCAGCUCACCCUACGUGUAUUCGCAGCUGGUGAAAUGGGGUGAAGAGAACGGCAUUCCCGUCAGCAGGCCUGAUGGACCGACCACGAAGGCGGUAGCUAAUGGCGCCCUUGCGUGGCAUAUCGAUGAUAGCGUCUCAGCCCGAGUAUCAAAGUGUCAUUAUGGUAUUCAGAUCCGGAUAUCGUACGACCCGAGUUGCGAGGAAUCAAGGCAGCGCCCGAGAGAAAUCGGUUUGGACGGGCGAGAGAGAGUACUUGGUGCCUGGUCCUGUAUUUUGCCUAAAAACACUUCAGUUGACAGCACGAAGCAGUUUACUAAGCCGUUCUACGUUGAAUGGAAUGAAGGACCCAGUGACAACUUCCUGAAAGAAGUCGACAUCUAUAUAUAUCGGAGAGCCAAGCCGCCGAAGUUCCUCAGAUUCCUGGGAAAGGACAUGCUGCAACCGGGAUUCGAAGUGUUAUGCACGAUAAAAGGUGAUCUUCGACGGUGUUUCGAGAGUUCACUAUCCCAUUUGUCCCCUACGACGGGUCAACGCUAUCGAAAAGUCGAGUUCGAGGUCUGCUUACAGUUAGGUGAGACAGAACUGACAGCCCAGAUGCGUUGGAAGGAAAAUGGUGAAUGGGUGUAUGGCGAUGCGACUGUUGCAUAUGAAUAGAGUAAGUUUGUGAAAGGACUACCCACGUUCUAUUAAGGCCGUGUAAGGUGCUCUUAGCUUGUUUCUGGUUUUCCGAGUCAUGCAGGAGAGAGCUGCCGGAAUAAUGCCUCGGUGACAACUUUUGGACGAGUCAGGGAUUGCAGGCGCCCAUCUGCGCUUAGUUUAGAUAAGCCUAGCCCAUACGCUCCGACAAUGCGAUCGCCUUCCUUGACACCCAUUUCAGGCCACUGACUAUCGACCGCGCGAUGGUCGAAAGUUCCCUCCGAAACGGCCCCCACCAUCAAGCGGACUGCUAAUACAUCGCGUUUCAUCACAAGCGAGAGCUCGCGAGCCAUCUUGUAAGUUGUAGAUAGCCCCGAAAAUAUGUCCUCCCGCAUGGAGUCCAAAACCUGGGCCGGGACACGAUAAGCAAGGGCGACCUGCUCUAUCACCCUUUCGCCCAUAUUCCGACCGACUUCCUCGGACAUUGUAGGGUCAAUAAGAUCUUCAGUACACACUGCCGUCAGGGAACGCCACUUUUGCACAGUCUUCCAGGAUUCUUUCUUGCCUAACCGCCUUUCUAAAUCAUCUAGAAGAGAAGCGCCCUGGAAGUUGACGGUGGAUGUGUUGAUGCUAAAGAAGACGUGGUGGAUAUCAGACAACACCUCAUGAUGCAAUAAAGCAUCAAGCAACAGCUCUCGGCCUUCUUGAUCAACUUCGUACCGAGGCUGUAAUGCGUUUUCCAGGGCGCCUGCGGAUUUUGGAGUUGAGUCGGGCGCAUGCAUUUCUGCAAGUCCUGCAGCGGCCGUAUCUCCAGCAAAAGCCGCCGACAGUUCACCGGCCUUCUCCAUGAUGUUAAUCACCAGGUCGUCCACAGCUGUAUUGAUGCUCUCAACGGAGAACGGUGCCUGGCUCUUUAGGAACAUCUCCGACACUUGGUCGGGGCCGGACUCGAAGUCUACAGGAGUUGUGGACCGGACGGACGAGGCCUGCCCCCGUGGCUGUGACUUCGCUCUCUGUGCUUUCAGUUCUCGUUUGAGAUUCCCUUUCUCCUCCAGCAGACCUUGAAUACGGGAGUCGUAGGAGCGCUCAACGUCCUUCAGCUGCCUAUCUUUGCUAGCCAGAGUAGCCUGAAGUCGCGCUUUCUCCUGCUGAAGCUUGUGACAAUCGGCUUCUUGCUUCCUUGCUGUUUCGUAAAUCUCUUCACGACUCUCCAACGCCGCGACCUUUUCCUGCUCGGCACGCUGAAGCAUUGCGCGAGCUUCGGCAAGGUGCCGUUGGGACUCCUCCUCCUUGAGACGAUACUCUGCUGCUGUACGCGUGGCUUCUCCCAGCUCCGCCCGGACAAGCACCAGUUCUUCUUGGUACGUGAAUGAUGAUUCACCGGCUUCUUGUUCUUCUGCGGACGGUCCAGGCGCUUCAGGAGGGCCUUCCUGGGGUGCUUGCGGCCAAAGAUGUCCCAAAUGAUCGGACACGGCUGUCCAUAACUUCAUUACAGACGGACGGCGGACCAGCCCAGAGCCAUGCUUGCUGCGACUCUGAGUCUCCCUGUUUGCGUCGUCGCGGGCUGAAGCUGCGUCCUGUUGGUGGCGCGGCAAACGUUCAUCAGUAUCGCUGUCAUCUACAAUUUCGUCCUCAUCGUUCUCCAUUCUUCGACUCGCCCCUUUGAUACGGAGCUCGUGCACUCCUGUCUCACUCCUGUCGUCUCCAUCUGUCUUCUCCCGCUUCGCAUCCCGAGAAAAAUCCUCAUGUCCACUGCCGUCCUCGUACUUGAAGAUGCGUGGAUAGUCGUCGUGCCUCUGGCGUUUUCUCGACCACGGGCUUUCCACUUCUCUCGGGCCAUCACGGUCGAAAUAGAGGUGUUUGUCAGUCUGCGAUCUGUCCCCGCGGGCUUCACUAUGGGAAUUGGAUCCGUUCUGUACGGGAUGUUUGGUACGGUUUAAGCCUUCCCGGUAGUGAGUGGCAUUCGGAUGGUGCAUAGAAG